CACCACCUGACAGUCUGGGGACAAGGAGGGCCCCACCCCCCCCUUCAAUUCCCCAGGGAUGGGCAAUUCCAGGAAUGGGCACUUUUUUGUCUCUGAGCCCAGAGGCUCCCAUAGUUUUGUCCCUAAGCCAGCAGGGGCUCUCUUCAGAGAGAGGGGCGUGUGUGUAAAGUGUGGGAGGCUUGUGCCCAUUUUACAGAGGAGGAUGCCGAGGACACAGGGCAGGAGCAGGAUCCACUAUUAAGGCCCAGGCUAGCAGCAGAAACAGAAGGCAGAGCUGCCUUUCCCCUACCUUCUGGCUCUCAGGCCCUUGCUUGGGCCCAGCACACUUGCCCUAUAUCGAGGAGGGGCCCAGUGUUCAGUUGGGGUGGAGGGACAGGAAGAUAUCUCAGCGAGAAGUAGACCUGAGCCAGGAGGCUGGUAUUAGGGAGCUCCUAGAGGACCAUGUGCAGGUGGGGCCAGGGAGGGCCAGGACAAGACAGAGUAUCUGCGGGCGCAGGCAGGCAACACUCAGUGUUGGGGCGGCAGCUGCUGCGCUGGGAGUCAGGAGAGCUGCGUUCAGUGCUAGUUCUUCCGCUAAUUUGCUGUGUGAUCUCUUUGAGCCUCGAUAUUUUCUUGUGAAAUAAAGGGGAGCUAAGUAAACUAUCUCAAGGGCCACUUCUAGGGUUAAAAGGCUCUCCAACGCCUCCUCCCAGGGCGUGCCACCCAGGGCGCUCCUACGCAAGCAUUUACUGGGGGCCUGACACUGCUGCCUCCCCGGGCUCACUGAGGAGACGAGGUGGUUCCUAUGAGCCGCAUUUCACAAAGGGGCAGGGGUGUCUCCGUGAGCAGGAGCAGGAGGCACCUGUUUAAGGUCACACAGCAAAGGAGAGUAGAAGCCAGAGGCUGCCAAACUCCUCUGCAGGAGCCCACACCUGCCUAACACCAGGCAGGCCUGGGGGAAGUCCCUCCUCUGGUCGGGGAGGCGAAACAGAGAGGCCGGCCCCUCUCCGCCAGCCCCUGCAGGUGUGUGUGUUGGGGUGGGGUGGGGGCGCUCCCCAGCAGCUGCGUCUCAGCCAGGCACACACACCUCGCGGUAACACAUAUCCCCCACACAACCCAGCGCGCUCCACGCACAGGCUUCUUCCUGUGCACGCGCGCACAGACCCCAACACCUUUCCCUUUCCUGCCCUCAGCAGGGACGCUCCCACCCCCAGUCCCCAGCGGACGCAGUGGCCUCGGGAAUCGUACACGCCUCCACGCCCCGCCGCGUGACGUCACGUGGGGUAGAGCCCUGAGACACUAAAUGGUGGGGUGGGGGGAGGAAAGGGAAGGCGGCAGAGCUCCCCGAGCCGGGACAGUCACUUACUCUCCAGGCAGUGGGGCCCGACACAGACCGCGCCGCCCCUGCCAGCCCGCCUCGCACGCCCUCGGAAGCGCAGGCUCCCGGCGCUGCGCUGGAGGGCUCCCCGGCACCCCAGCCUCCCGUCCCCAGCCCGCUGCACCUCCAGGCCCCCCUUACCCUUGAGAGGCACCAGGAGUUGUCGCGGGGGGGCCUCGGGAAAUUCCCCGGACCCCUGUGCCAGGAGGUGCCCGGUUCGCCCGCUCUUCACCCCCCGCCCCCCCCGAGGGCGGUGCCCGGGGGUGCUGCCCCAUGGAGCGGGGAGGCGGGCGCCGUCUGCUCCGGGAGCCCUGACCCGAGUCGGAGUUGUGUGUCGCAGCCGCCCCGACCCCCCGCCGAUCAUGCGCCGGCGCCCCUGGCUCUCCAGUCCCACCGGGCUGUGAGCCCCCCAUUCCCAGCCCGUCAGGGCCUGCGCGCCAUGGGCAGCGCCCACCCUCGCCCCUGGCUUCGGCUCCGACCCCAGCCCCAGCCGCGGCCAGCGCUCUGGGUGCUCCUGUUCUUCCUACUGCUGCUGGCUGCUGCCAUGCCCAGGUCAGCACCCAAUGACAUUCUGGACCUCCGCCUCCCCCCGGAGCCUGUGCUCAAUGCCAACACAGUGUGCCUAACAUUGCCAGGCCUGAGCCGGCGGCAGAUGGAGGUGUGUGUGCGUCACCCUGAUGUGGCUGCCUCAGCCAUACAGGGCAUCCAGAUCGCUAUCCACGAAUGCCAACACCAAUUCAGGGACCAGCGCUGGAACUGCUCAAGCCUGGAGACUCGCAACAAGAUCCCCUAUGAAAGUCCCAUCUUCAGCAGAGGUUUCCGAGAGAGCGCUUUUGCCUACGCCAUCGCGGCAGCUGGUGUUGUACACGCCGUGUCCAAUGCGUGUGCCCUGGGCAAACUAAAGGCCUGUGGCUGCGACGCGUCCCGGCGAGGGGAUGAGGAGGCCUUCCGUAGGAAGCUGCACCGCCUACAACUGGACGCACUGCAGCGUGGUAAGGGCCUGAGCCAUGGGGUCCCGGAACACCCAGCCCUGCCCACAGCCAGCCCAGGCCUGCAGGACUCCUGGGAGUGGGGCGGCUGCAGCCCCGACAUGGGCUUUGGGGAGCGCUUCUCUAAGGACUUUCUGGACUCCCGGGAGCCUCACAGAGACAUCCACGCAAGAAUGAGGCUUCACAACAACCGAGUUGGGAGGCAGGCAGUGAUGGAGAACAUGCGGCGGAAGUGCAAGUGCCACGGCACGUCAGGCAGCUGCCAGCUCAAGACGUGCUGGCAGGUGACGCCCGAGUUCCGCACCGUGGGGGCGCUGCUGCGCAGCCGCUUCCACCGCGCCACGCUCAUCCGGCCGCACAACCGCAACGGCGGCCAGCUGGAGCCGGGCCCAGCGGGGGCACCCUCGCCGGCUCCCGGCGCUCCCGGGCCGCGCCGCCGGGCCAGCCCCGCCGACCUGGUCUACUUCGAAAAGUCACCCGACUUCUGCGAGCGCGAGCCGCGCUUGGACUCGGCCGGCACCGUGGGCCGCCUGUGCAACAAGAGCAGCGCGGGCUCGGAUGGCUGCGGCAGCAUGUGCUGCGGCCGCGGCCACAACAUCCUGCGCCAGACGCGCAGCGAGCGCUGCCACUGCCGCUUCCACUGGUGCUGCUUCGUGGUCUGCGAAGAGUGCCGCAUCACCGAGUGGGUCAGCGUCUGCAAGUGAGCGGCCCGGGGUCCCCUGGGCCCUGAACGAGGUCCCCUCCUGGAGCCUGGCCCUCUGAGGCUUACGGCCUUGGCAAGGCAGCAUCGCCUUGGCUCUUGGGAGAGGAGAUUGGACCACAUGAUCUUACAGGAACCUCUCAGCUCUGAGGUCUGUGAUCGCUGGACAGUCCAGGCCUGUCUGAACCCCACCACUCACUUCUGUGGGCUCUAGGACUUACUGGGUUCUUCUUGCCUCCCCUAAGCCCAGACAGUUCGGUUGGGCUGGGGUUUGCCCCAUACACUAAAACAAGCGUCAGCCAGGCAAUCCCUCAGUCUGUCUCCAUCCUUUCACCCCUUCCCUGGAGAUGGGAGGUAGGGAAUGAAUAGAAGCUGAUGGGCAGAGAGAGGAAGAUUAAAAAAAAGAAAUAGACAUAACUGAGCUGAAGUAAUUCCAUAAAUGGCCCAGACACCCUCCCCUACCAUUCCCCUCAUCAUUCAUUUAACAAAUAUUUAUUUUGCACUCUCUUUGCGGCACUCUGGGGGGCGUGGGGGUGGCAAUGUGAGGCACUGGGGCCACAGAUGUAAGUGAGACACAGCACUUGUCCUCUUGGAAGUUACAUUCUUGCUGGGGGGAGGCAUGGGCAAUAAACAAGUAAAUAUGCAAACAA